AUGAACUGGAGGUUUGUUGAGCUCCUCUACUUCCUGUUUGUAUGGGGCCGUAUCUCAGUGCAGCCCUCCCACCAGGAACCAGCUGGGACAGACCAACAUGUCUCCAAGGAAUUUGAUUGGCUUAUUUCAGACAGGGGGCCUUUCCACCACUCCAGGAGCUACCUAUCCUUUGUGGAAAGACACCGUCAAGGAUUUACAACCAGAUAUAAAAUAUACAGGGAGUUUGCCCGUUGGAAGGUGAGGAACACAGCCAUUGAGAGGAGAGACCUGGUCCGUCAUCCAGUGCCCCUCAUGCCGGAGUUUCAAAGGAGCAUCCGCCUGCUUGGCAGGAGACCCACCACUCAGCAGUUCAUCGAUACCAUCAUCAAAAAGUACGGCACCCACCUCCUCAUCUCCGCUACCUUGGGAGGGGAGGAGGCCUUGACCAUGUACAUGGACAAAAGUCGCCUGGACAGGAAGUCAGGGAAUGCCACUCAAAGUGUUGAAGCUCUGCACCAGCUGGCAUCGUCCUACUUUGUCGACCGUGAUGGUACCAUGAGGAGGCUCCAUGAGAUCCAGAUAUCAACUGGAGCAAUCAAGGUCACAGAGACACGCACUGGGCCUCUGGGCUGUAACAGCUAUGACAAUCUGGACUCUGUGAGUUCCGUCCUUCUGCAAAGCACGGAGAGCAAACUGCACCUUCAAGGUCUUCAGAUCAUCUUCCCUCAGUAUCUGCAAGAGAAAUUUGUCCAGUCAGCCUUGAGCUACAUCAUGUGCAACGGUGAGGGGGAAUACGUAUGCCAGAACAGCCAGUGUAGAUGCCAGUGUGCCGAGGAGUUCCCGCAGUGCAACUGCCCCAUCACCGACAUCCAGAUCAUGGAGUACACGCUGGCCAACAUGGCCAAGUCUUGGGCCGAAGCUUACAAGGACCUGGAGAAUUCAGAUGAGUUUAAAUCGUUCAUGAAGCGUCUCCCUAGCAACCACUUCCUGACCAUUGGGAGCAUCCAUCAGCACUGGGGCAACGACUGGGACCUGCAGAACCGCUACAAGCUCCUGCAGAGCGCCACGGAGGCCCAGAGGCAGAAGAUCCAGCGCACUGCCCGCAAGCUCUUCGGCCUCAGCGUCCGCUGCCGCCACAAUCCCAACCACCAGCUGCCUAGAGAGAGGACAAUUCAGCAGUGGCUUGCAAGGGUCCAGUCGCUUCUCUACUGCAAUGAGAACGGGUUUUGGGGAACCUUCCUGGAGAGCCAGAGGAGCUGCGUGUGCCACGGCAGCACCACGCUGUGCCAGCGCCCCAUCCCCUGCAUCAUCGGAGGGAACAGCAGCUGUGCCAUGUGCAGCCUGGCCAACAUCUCGCUCUGCGGCUCCUGCAACAAGGGCUACAAGCUGUAUCGAGGCCGCUGCGAACCACAGAACGUGGACUCGGAGCGGAGCGAGCAGUUCAUCAGCUUCGAGACCGACCUGGACUUCCAGGACCUGGAGCUCAAGUACCUGUUGCAGAAGAUGGACUCGCGCCUCUACGUCCACACCACCUUCAUCAGCAACGAGAUCCGUCUCGACACCUUCUUUGACCCCCGGUGGCGCAAGCGCAUGUCCCUCACUCUCAAGAGCAACAAGAACCGCAUGGACUUCAUCCACAUGGUGAUCGGCAUGUCCAUGCGCAUCUGCCAGAUGCGCAACAGCAGCCUGGACCCCAUGUUCUUCGUCUACAUCAACCCCUUCAGCGGGAGCCACUCGGAGGGCUGGAACAUGCCCUUCGGGGAGUUCGGCUACCCGCGCUGGGAGAAGAUCCGUCUCCAGAACAGCCAGUGCUACAACUGGACCCUCCUGCUGGGCAAUCGGUGGAAAACGUUUUUUGAGACGGUCCACAUCUACCUACGUAGUCGGACUCGGCUACCUACCCUCCUACGGAAUGAGACUGGCCAGGGCCCUGUGGACCUGUCCGAUCCCUCCAAGAGGCAGUUCUACAUCAAGAUCUCGGAUGUGCAGGUGUUCGGGUACAGCCUGAGGUUCAACGCCGACCUCCUCCGCAGCGCCGUGCAGCAGGUCAACCAGUCCUACACGCAGGGCGGCCAGUUCUACUCCUCUUCGUCUGUGAUGCUCCUCUUGUUAGAUAUUCGGGACCGAAUCAAUCGCCUGGCCCCCCCUGUGGCCCCGGGGAAGCCCCAGCUGGACUUGUUCUCCUGUAUGCUGAAACACCGCCUGAAACUGACCAACAGCGAGAUCAUCAGGGUGAACCACGCGCUGGACCUCUACAACACCGAGAUCCUCAAACAGUCGGACCAGAUGACAGCCAAGCUCUGUUAA